UGGUCUCAAUGAAUGGCUGGAGGCUGGUGGAUACACAUGAAAGUGGAACAAACUGCAGGCUCCGGGCACUGACUCCUUGUCUCUUACAGGAAUUGUUGGGUCUCGUACGUUCCUAUCUGGGGGGUCCUUGUCUGCAGCAAUGAGGCUUCUCUGCCUGCUCCCUCUCCUGCUCCUGCCCAUGUCUGUGCCACCUGGUGGCAGAAGCAGGUAUAGCAACAGACAGUAGGGGGGCACCUAGGAGGUGAUAUAUGAACAGUAAUGAACACGUGGGGGAAGCAAUACAAGCGAGGCCUCAGUGGGCAACAGAGCAAAAGGAGCCUAGAAGCAAGGGAGCACCUCAAACCCCUCCGACGUUCAAAGAGAAGAUGGAUCCUCAGUACCAUUGUGUUGGAGGAGAAUGAACCUGGGCCGUACCCGAAAUUUGCCGGAGAUCUCUUUAACGAUCGGGCAGAAAACCUCUCCAUAAAGUACCUGAUCAGCGGCCCCGGGGUGGACGAGUUCCCGGAGAAAGGCCUGUUCUCUGUCAACGACGUCAACGGCAAAGUGUUUGUUCACCGGCCGAUUGAUCGAGAAAAAACUCCUCUGUUUGUGGUGCGCUUUGAUGCUGCCGAGAGGGAAACCGGACAGAUAGUGGAUAAAUCUCUAAUUUUUAAUGUGGAAAUUAAGGAUAAAAAUGACAAUGCACCAGAAUUUACCAAAAAGGACUAUAACAUCUCUGUACGGGAAUCCUUUAACCUCGAGAACCCCCUUGUGCAGGUUUUGGCCAUUGACAAUGACAAGGAGGACACCCCAAAUUCUGAUGUGACCUAUUCUGUGGUCUCCCAGUCCCCUUCGAUUAAUGAUCUCUCGUUCCAUAUUGACCCUAAGAACGGGCUGCUCCGAGGGAAGGGGUGCCUAAGUUAUGAGAAAGCCGAUCAGAUUAGGGUCACGGUGCGUGCGAGUGAUAAUGGAAUCGUGAAGUUAUCGGCCACCACUACGGUCAGCAUUAAUAUAGUGGAUGGGAACAACCACCUCCCUGUGUUCCCCGCGUCCGAUUACCAAAUCUCCAUCAAAGAGGACACAGUAAUGAGGGACGUCCUGCGGGUAAAAGUGAUUGACAAUGACACCCCACAAACGCCGGCUUGGAGAGCGAAGUACAAGAUCAUCUCCGGAAAUGAAAAGGGAAAUUAUAAUCUGACCACCGACCCAGUGACGAAUGAGGGGAUACUCAGUGUCCAGAAGCCUCUGGAUUUCGAGGGGACCCCGUUCAAAAAAGUGGUGAUCACCGCCGAGAACGAGGAGCCGCUGUUUUCCUGCCAAAACUCCAAAGUGAAGAUCAACUCGUCGCCGGUGUUGGGCAACGUCACCAUCAACAUCCAAGUGUUGGACAACAACGACGCCCCCGUCUUCAAGCCCCAGAAUGUGGCCCUUAGGGAGAAGGAAGGGGUGAAGCCUGGGACUGUCCUACUGAAGCUCAAUGCCACCGACCCGGACAGGGUGCCCAACAACAUCAGGUUCUACGUAGCGAACGACCCAGCGGGUUGGGUGACAGUUGAUGAAAAAACUGGAGUCAUAACAACUAAGAAAGAACUUGACCGAGAAUCCCCUUAUGUUAAUAAAACCCUGUAUGCUUUUGUGAUUCACGGGGUAGAUGAUGGAGACCCCCCCCAGACAGGCAGCACGACUGUCUCGCUCUUAUUAGCAGACGUCAAUGACAACACCCCGUUCCUGCUCUCCCCGUACAUGGAAGCAUGUGAGCAGCUCCAGGCCUCCUCCGCUCCAGGCCCCCGGUCCUUCUCUGUUCACGCCCACGACAAGGACUUGGACCCGUACUCUGGGCCUUUUCAGUUUGAACUGGCGGAUAAUUCCCCAGAUACAACGGAUAACUGGAAAAUCGGGAGAACCAAUCCGGAUGAUUCUGUUGAGCUGGUAAUGCUUAGAAACCUCCCAAAGGGCAACUACUCCGUGCCCCUCAAUGUAUACGACCGGCAGGGCACUUUGGAGGCGCAGACCCUCCAUAUCCGCAUUUGCUCCUGCCCCGACGGGCAAACGUGCGAGAAGCCGCAGCCGCCACAGUAUCUCCUGGGCCCGGGGGCCAUUGGCAUUAUAUUUCUGGCUCUGCUGCUCUUCCUGGUUGGAUUCUGCUUCUUGUUCUCCGCUUUCUGCAUCAACGGAAGAAACAAAGGCCUGGGGCUGAACGAAGAGGGCAAUCAGACGCUCAUCCAGUACAACGAGGAAGGCGGCGGCUCCAUAACCAAGGCUGCCCCGGUCCUGCUCACUAGUAACGGGAACCUGGAUUUGGGCUCCAAGGACACAGCUAUACGUACCCUGUCAGGGGCAACACCGAGGGCACAGUAUGAAUUCUGGCAAGUGGAUGGAGUUGCUGGUUCUGCUGCGAAGCAACAUGUGCAAAACCCAAGUUGGAAUCGGGAAGGCCUCUCCAGCAUUCAUAGCGCUCAAAGCAACAUGUGGAAAAGGAGCCUGGGCAGCCAAUCACAGGCAGGGAAUAGCAGUAUCAAGAUGAAUGGCAAAUACCUCCAGUCUGGGUACCUGAAGAGCAAGCCACUGGGCUCCUUCAUAGACAGCGUUGGAGAAAUGGUGACUCAAAAUGGCAAAUACCUCCAGUCUGGGUACCUGAAGAGCAAGCCACUGGGCUCCUUCAUAGACAGCGUUGGAGAAAUGGUGACUCAACGGCUGCAGGGAUUGGAUAACUACCCUGAGAUCCCAACAUACAAGCCCCGCGUUUAUGCCUACGAGGGGGAGCUGGAAAGGAUCGACUCGCUGGGAUCCUUCUCCAUCGCAGAGAGUGAGCUCGACUGGGGGUUUCUGGAUGAUUUGGACCCAAAGUUUGCGAAACUGGAAGAGAUUUGCCGACAGCCCCUCUAAUGCUGAUUGGGGCAAUUACAAUGGACUUUAUCUGAAAAAGGGAGAUAAUGAGUUGGGCCCAAUUUUCUGGACAUCUUUGGGGGCUUCCUGGCAUUUUAAGGUGGUCAGCCUGAUAGUGCCCGCCCCUCUCCUGUGAUUGGGCUGAGGCCGACCCUAAUGUAGAGAGAUUUGCACUCUCCUGCACUAAAAAACUGACCUUUACGUUACCAGAGGGGCAUUAUUGUGCCACCCGAGGCAAGCGAGGGUCCCAUCAUGGCAGAAGUUACCCCUUGGACUCCAGUAUGUAUAUGUGUAUAUAGGGGGUACAGGGUAAUGUGGGGUACAGUAAGCCCAAGGGUCUGGGUCCCUGUCUAUAUCAGUUAUAGUAAGAAGCUUUCCCUCAUUAUUAUCAUCCAAUCAUGUGAUAUAAAAUCUGCCCUAUUGGGGUUGGGAUCAGGGGCCUGAAGGGGUGGGAGUGUAGUGAUGAACUUUUACCACUAGAGGGUGCUGUGCUGUUGCCGAGGCAAGGAAUAGAGCAGGGGGAAUGAAUGGAAACAAGAGCUGUGGGGAUGCAUUUAGUCAGUCAGUCCCACUCUGGGACUGGGAAUGGGGGGGGGUUGGUUUUACCCCCAGUGGCACCUUCAUUCCCCUCCCUAGUUACCUGCCCCCUUUCUGUAGUCCUAGAACCCUCAACCCUGGGAUUGUGGCUGCUUCUUCCUAUUGGAGGGACCCCUAUAGUUCCGGGGGGAGCUAUAGUUCUGGUGGGGGGGCUAUAGUUCUGGUGGGGGGCUAUUGUUCCGGGGGGCCCCAUUAGUUCCAGGGAGGAGGGGCUCCUAUAGUUCUGGUGGGGGGGCUACUGUUUCGGGGGCCCCAUUAGUUUCAGGAGGAGGGGGCCCCUAUAGAUCUGGGUGGGGGGGCUAUUGUUCCCAUAAAGCAAGCUGUGUAUGAUACCAUACUGUAUAUAUCGUAUUGUUUGUCGCUGCGCCUGUUACUUUGCUUUUGUACAUAAAUCCUUUUCGUACAAAUGG